AUGGAUAGUGAAUAUGAACAAGGUCACAUCAAGAAGCUGCAAGAGCAGCGUAUGUCCAUGCAGAAGAAAACCUUCACCAACUGGAUAAACAAUGUCUUCUACAAGAACAAUGUGAACAUUGUGAUACAAGACAUCUACACGGAGCUGAAGGAUGGCAUUUACCUCCUGCAACUCCUGGAGCUGCUCUCUGGAGAAUCACUGCCUAGACCAAACUGGGGCAAGAUGAGGGUACAUUUUCUAGAGAACAAUAGCAAAGCCAUCACGUUCCUCAAAUCCAAGCAGGUGCAAGUAAAGGUGAUUGGGCCUGAGAAUAUUGUAGAUGGGGACCGAACCCUAAUCCUGGGAUUAAUCUGGAUCAUUAUCCUCCGGUUCCAGAUUUCUUCCAUCACACUUGAUACGGUAAAACAAGCCCUGCUGAUCUGGUGUCAGCAUAAGACUGUUAGUUACUCCAAUGUGAAUGUGAAGGACUUUUCCAAAAGCUGGUCUGAUGGCCUGGCUUUCAACGCCCUCAUCCACGUUCACAGGCCUGAUCUCAUCCAUUACAGCUCACUGAGGCAUGAGCAGCCCAUCAAGAACCUGAACAAUGCCUUCAGCGUGGCACAGAAGCACCUGGGAAUCACUAAGCUGCUGGAUGCUGAGGAUGUGGCAAUUCCUCGUCCAGAUGAGAGAUCCAUCAUGACCUAUGUGUCGCUCUAUUACCAUUACUUCUCCAGGCUGAAGCAGGGCCAGACUGUCCAGAAGAGGCUUGCUAAAGUCAGUGCAUUGCCACUUUUACAAUUGCCUCCUACCUCUAUCUCUACUGAGCCCCCUCCCCAGUAG